CCCAGUCGCUAAGCCGCUCCUCAACAGUCAACAUGUAGACAAAUUGCGAAAUUCCUUUUUCAGAUUUCUUUCAUAUCAGCCCAUCGGAGACGGAGAGUCUCCUUCCGUUGUCGUCUCUCCGCGGAGAACGAAGAAAAUCCGAAGCCGAAAGAUCGCUCGUCUUCCUCCUGUGUUGCAGAAGAGUCGGACAAACAGCUUCCGCCGCCGGCGCGAUCUCAAUUGAACCCGAGAUCCAUGGUAAUGUCUCUUCCUCCAGUUCAAUUUGGUCGCUCUUCUCUUCUCCUGGUUGUCAUCGACGGUCCCUCUCCUUUUUCUCGCCCGCGGUUUCUCUCCUGAUCAGAGGAAUUCACGCAUCCAUAUCCUCGAUUGAUAGUGUGCCUACAUGAGUUUCUUUGACUGGCUUCCGGAAUUAGGUUUAGUUAAGUUCCAAAGAAUUCAACUCAGCUCGAUAACGUGUGUCCUCGAGUUUGUUCUGUUGAGGCUGAAUUGGGCUGCAACAUUGUGGUUUGUUAUUUACCGAGCUCCUGAAGCUCUGUGUUGAUGUAGCUUUCGCAAAGCGUUGAUUGGGUCUAGUUACAGAUUGAUUUAAACCUCUGCCUUUUUGAUUGUUGGUGUAGGUUCUCCUACAGCCCGACCCUUUUCUUAAUGAACUCACCAGCAUGUUUGAGCACAGCACCGAGAAAGGCUCGGUUUGGGUCACUCUCAAACGAUGUAAGUCUCAUCCACGCUGGCUUAUGGCGGUGUAGAGUUUGAAUGUUUGUUGAUGGUUUUGGAAUCCAUUGAAGGGUGUUGAACUGGUAUGCUUGUUGUUUCUCGUGACUUGAAGCAUCCUUGAAGUCUAAGGUACAAAGGAAUAAGAUGAAAACUGCUGGUGAACCUCUUGACUACAGGUGCCUCAUCCGUGCAACCAAUGGCAAGAAGACAAUCUCUACUUCCGUAAGAAACUUCCUUCCAUGAACCAUUACUUCAAUUUGUGCAGUUAUCAUUGCAACUGUUUAGCUUGGUUGACCAGGCAGUCAACUGCUGUCUGCUGAAACGGCAUUGGUCCAUCACAAUCUCAAUCUUUGGUGGUUUACCAUUUUAGGUGGAAGCCAAUAGAUUCAUAGUAACUUCGGCAUUACAGCUGGAUUUCAUCUUGCUUUGCUUCUAUACUGUGUUGUAUUGGAUCUGUGUAACUUCAGAUGCGUCACAUACUCAUCAGCAUAAGUUAUUCGGUGCUUAGAUUUCUAGACAUUGUGUCUGGUUUGUUUUUAUCAGUAAGGAGCUAUAACAAGCUUGACUCUGUUGUCUGUUCGUCCCUUGUCUGAAAUAUGAUGUCAUAGUUGAUCUAGUUCCUGACAAGGCUUAGUCCGAAAUUCUUGUGCACAUACGUCAGAUGUCUGAGUUGUGAAUAUAUACACGAUAGGUUCUUGAACCUGCCUACCAAACAACUAGCUCUAGCUGAACGUGUAGUCUGUUUUAGAAUGGAUUAGAGAGAUUAUGAGGCCAUAUCAAUAUCUUGCCAGUAAGAACGAUCUCUGUCCCCGGUGCCACAAAUUAAUCGAAAAUAUCUGCUGAGAACUAACCAGGGGAGCAUGCAUUUAGUUCGUAUGUGAUUAAAUACGCACCUCGUGUUUACUUGACCAUGUUCUUUCUUUGGUGAUUGUGCAGGUUGGGGCGAAGGAUCACCAGAAGUUCCAAGCAUCUUAUGCAACAAUCCUCAAAGCUCACAUGACAGCUCUGAAGAAGAGGGAAAGGAAGGACAAGAAGAAGGCUGCAGAUGCAACAACGAACAAGAAAGACGGGGAGAGCUCGAAAAACAGAAAACCUAAGAAGGUCUGAUGAUGCUUUUGCUUGUUAGGAAAGAAAACAUGCAGUUUGCUUUUAACUUUCUUCGUUUCACAAAGGACAGAGGGGUUAAUUGGAACUUAACUUUGCGGGAACAAGUAGAGAAUUGUCCAUUUUGUUUUGGCGCAAUGCAGAUUGCUGCCAGGUUUUGGAUACCCUUGGUAAUUGUCCAUUUUGUCCUCACGGCCAGUCCAAUUCCUUACCGGAGACUGAAUCCACUCCGGCCACUGAAAAUCCUCUCUUUUAUUAACUUCCCUCCCCCCAAUUUUCCGAUCACACUCCACAUCUUCCAAUCUUCGGUUUCGCCCAGCUGUUUCUCAAUGUCUCAAUCCAUCGCCAUCACCAUCGCCGACGGAUACAAAAUCCAGCAACCUCACAACGGCAAAUCACAACCCCGGCGGCGCAGCUGCUGCAAAUCCACCUUCUUCAUCAUCUUCGCCGUCGCCCUAAUCUGCGCCGUACCCGCCGUCACUAGCUUCCUUAUCUACCUCCAGCCGUCCCUCCCCACCGUCGCCAUGACCUCCUCCGCCGUCACCGUCAAAAACAUCUCUGCCAACAGCCUAGCCACCGUCAAAAACGUCUCCGCCGGCAGCCUCCUCACCGCCGCCUGGGAAGUCAGCUUCUCCAUCACCAAUGCCAACGAUGACGGAUUCCUCUACCACCGCCUCAUCGCCUACGCCGCCGCCGCUGACGACGGCGUCCGCAUAGCCAACGUUACCCUCCCGCCGUUCCGUCAGGCCGGACGCAGCGCCGCCACCCUGUCCGCCUCAUUCCCAUCGCUGAACUUCGUGGUGGACGACGACUGCGGGGCGGCCAACCGGACGAUCCUGAAGCCGUGUGGGCCCGUGCCGCUGAGGCUGGAGCUGGAGGCCGCGGCGGUUUACGAGCGGCGGAUGACGUGGCCGAGGAAGGGGAACGUGGUCGAGGUGGCAUGCGACCCAACGGAGGUGACGUUCCGACCGAACGAUACGAGAAUGGAGCUGGGUCCGUCGAGCUGCCGCGCCGACGGGGAGUGGCGGCGGUUGGUGGUGAAGUGCUGGGCCGUAUUCCGAACCUACAUCUUCUUCGUCGUCGUGUGUGUUGUGAUUUUGGGGUGUGUGCAUUAGGCGCGCGGUUUGGGUUUCUCUUUUUCUAAAGGGGAAUUUUUUUCUUUGAUAUUUUUUCCCCUAUUAAUUUUGUUUUGAGGCUAAUUUUGAUAGUAGCAUGCACUAGUAGGGAGUAGAGCAUAAAUUCGUCUGUAGAUGUGAUCAUGUGAAAUGAUUGUAAAAACGUGUCGAAAAGGUGUUUUAUACUGAAAUUGUGAUUUAAUUAUUGUUCAAUCAUAUCAUAUUAUUAAAUUAUAGUUUAAUUA